AUGGGCUCCGCUGCCUCCAAUGCCACCGUCGCGACACAUUACUCCCAAGCUUCGCAGUCCCCUUCCACUCAGCAAUGCGCGCCUCAAGCAGCCCCUGGAGGCGUGCCCCAGGUAGCAAGCGCUCAGACGGGAUGGGGUCCAGGGCGCUUCAACUUUUACUGGUGCACCUCAUGCGAAACGAGAUUCAAGCGCAAGUACGACUGGAAGCGUCAUGAGGAGGAGUUCCAUGAGCGUUGGAAGAAGUAUCCUUGCCCUGAGCCUGGCUGCAACAGGAGCUUCUGGGGAGCCAACACAUUCAACCAGCACCACAAGGCUUCGCAUGGCUGCAAGUCUUGCCCGCACUCUGAAAAGGUUGUCAAGUACUUGAAGAGGAGAAAGUACUGGGCUUGUGGCUUCUGUUCGGCCCUGCACCCUUCGAGGGAACGUCACGUCGAACACGUCGCCAGACACUUCGAGUCAGGAAAGACAAAGUCGGAUUGGAUGCACUCGAGAGUCAUCUAUGGUCUCCUGCAUCAGCCCCUGAUCCACGAGGCCUGGAAAGAUGUGCUGAUGUCCAAGGCCAAUGAGUUCCAGGGCCGUCAGCCAAACUUCAGCUGGAAUCCUACACAGACUGGUCGAGCGCAGGGUUUCAUGGAGAAUGAGAGCCCAGGCCAACUCCAAGAUCUGCUCGAAUUCUUCUCUGGAUCCAGCUCCGAGGCCGAGUCUAUCGUCUUGAUUGCCUACAAGCUGGCGGAUCUCGUUUACCUACCCGUUCCGGCCUCGCCGCCAAUGCAGUAUUCUCAAUGCUACGCACCUCCUGCUGCUCUUCCCCAACAAUACCCCCCUCAGCCUCUCCUUCCUCCUCCAUCGAUACCCUCCCAGACUCUUCCGACUCAGUCCUCUCAACCCCCAGUAUUAGCAUCACAGGAUUCAUCACCCUCACCGUACAUGGAACAUAUGAGGGCCCAGUCAAUGAUGCCGCAGCCUUUGUUCCACACCCAACAGCCGCGCGCGCACACGGAACCUCUUCGCCGUGCAUCACUGGACAGAGAGCUUCCGCCGCCACCACAAGAAAACCAGCCGAUGAACUUCCAAUUUAUGCCUGAAAAUAUGGUCACAUUUGAAGACUGGGAGAGUUUCUCCAGCACAGUCGUCGACGAAAAUGCACCACAACCCACGCCAAUGACAACAGAUUGGCCGCUGGUGCCUGUACAAUAUUACAAUGCCCCUGUAGGGCCAUGA